AUGGAAAGAUCUUCUGCUGAUGUACGACGAGUUUGGGGUACAUCGCAUAGAAAUCGUCGUUUGGUGCAUCGAAUCAUGUGGAUAAUUGUUUGGUGUGUGGGAGUAGUAACAGUGAGCAAAAUGCAUCUUGAUUCUGUUAAGAUGUAUAUAAUUAUCUCUACACUUUUGCUUAUAUUUGUUUCACUUGGGCGAAUGCGUAAGAAACGAGUAGUGAAUGCUCAUGAUGUUCCUAGUCCUAGGGUGGUGGAUGAGGUUCCAAGGAACAUCAGUAGGGAUGAAACUCCUACUGCAACCCAACUUCCUAUUUCUUCUGUGCGGAGAGAGUGUGCUGUUUUCACAGCAUUAAGGAAUAUUGGUACCCCGCAAGCUCUUCGAGCUGUUCGGGAUAAAGAAUUUCAAGAUCUUAUUCUUCAUACACCACCCGAUUCUAUACAGUGCUGCUGUGGAAGUGGAACACGUUUUGCUCGAUGUUGCCGCGUUAUUCAGGAUGCGUUGCAUCAAUGUGAAUUGUAG